AUGAUUUACAUCCUAUUACUUGCUGUUUCUUUUAUUCAUUCAUUUGUAUCGGCAACUGCUACUACCACAACUAUAACAGUUCCAGAUAACAUCAUUGAAGAGGCUACAAUAAAAUGGUGCCCUGCCCACGAUCCAAGACCAACCGAAGAUGACGAAGUUAUCUAUAUCACUUAUUAUAGAACAACGACCGUAUAUUGGACAAGCUGGACUACAGUAACCAAAUGCUCAAACGAUGUUUGCUCUCAAGUUGCUACCUUAACCACAGGUACAGGUCAACCUCCCGCAGCUUCAGACGUUGUUGACCGUACAACCACAUACACAGUUUUCAGUACCACUACUAAUUACUACACUGACUGGAAUAUCAUCGAAUAUUGUUCAAGCACUGUGGAUUCACCCAGUACUUCAGUCCUUGAUGAAUCUAUAAAACCCACGAGUGCACCAGCUAUCACUUCUGCCGUUGAAGUUAUCACAGGUCCAGUCACAACUACAUCUUCUUCAAGCUCAGACGUAGACGACGAUGUAACAUUUGUUACAGUAUAUCAAACUACGACUUCACCUUGGACUACUUGUACUACACUCACCUCAUGCUCGGAUAAUCGUUGUUCUUUGGUUACCUCAAGGACUGUCGAUGGUGACCCAUCCGAAUCUGCAAUGGAAAGCUCCUCUACAGAAAGUUCUGUAACAGAAGAGAUUAAGGAGGUCUCUCUGUCAUUAGAAGAAUCAGUUACCACUUCAAGCGAGGCACUAAUUUCUGAGAGCAGCUCAGAAGUACCGCUCGCAACUACAACCGAAAUUGGAACUACCACAAUCACCGUGACUUCAUGCUCAAACAAACUAUGUUCGGAAGUCAAAACAGUCACCGGUGUUAUAACCGUCACUGACGACACUACUAUUUACACUACGUUUUGCCCUUUGACAACAUUCGAGGAAAAUCUUCCAUCAGAAUCAAGUAGCACUUUCGACUUCAUAUCCGGUUACCCUUCAACUACCCUGAGCAGAAAAAGUCCAUCAGUGUUUUCGUCCGAACUUCCUCAUUCAAUAUCUUCCACCAGUGACUUCGUUGAAUCUAGUUCAGAUGUCAUCAUAACGAAAGAGGACUCAAGCACGUACUCCUCCAGCGAGGGUUAUAGUAUCUCCCUUGCAAAUCCUAGUUCUGAGUCGAUUGUUGAAUCCACAUUUGACAGCACCACUCAAAAUUACUCAACAAAUGAGUACAAUCUUGUGUCUGAAAGUGACAGAACCACAAAAUCCCCUUUGACAAGCGAACUUUCGUCCCCCGAGUGUCUGACUUCGAUUCCACCACCGGUUGGUUCAACUUUGAUGCUACCGCUUUCAACAGCCACUAGUAUUGAAACAACAGUAGUCACCCUUAGUACUUGUUCAAAUGACAUCUGUUCCGAAGCUUCUCGUACAGUUGUUUUAUCAACAUUGAUUACAGGUACUACAAUAUAUGGGUGUUCAUCUUCUGCCAUCGAAUUAGAGUCAUCAACUUCCUUAGCAGCUGAAGCAAGCUCUGCAAGUAUUGAAUCAAGUACAUCCGCUAUUGAAUCAAGUUCUUCCACUGAAGCAAGCUCUGCAAAUAUUGAGUCAAGUUCUUCCAUUGUUGAAUCAAGUUCUUCCAUUGUUGAAUCAAGUUCUUCCAUUGAGUCUAGCUCCUCCACUUACACAAGUAUUGCCUCUGUAACUUCUACAUCAACUGAGUCAUCUUCAACCCCGGUUUAUUCCACCACAAGCGAGAUCCAUACAACUAUCAUCACUGUUACAUCGUGUAAAGACAACAGUUGUAGCAAAGUUACGCAAACUACUGGACUCACUACUGUUACGGAGGAUACAACAGUUUACACAACAUAUUGCCCAUUGACCAGUGAGUUUGAGUCUUCGACCUCUUUAGCUGCCGAGGCAAGCUCC